AUGAGCGCCUUCGGAUCAGCCGGCGAGACCUGGCUCGGGUCGCUCACAGACACCCUCUUCACACUGAUCGAGGCAUCUGUGCGCGCCAGUCCGCCAUCAGACGGCGUACAAGCACAUACACUCCUUCAGCCCGCGUACUGGACCGCCUGGCUGGCGCUGCAGUUGGCGAGGAUGUGGCUUCGGCUCGUCUUCUUCGUCGUCCAGGGCAUACUCCUCGCCCGAGCGACAGGAUGGCGCUUCGCCUUGGCUCUCGUUUUCGCAGGUCUCUUCUCGUUCCGCUUCGCCUUGAAGCCUGAUAGCGACUGCUUCGAAGGACGCGACGGAGACGGACCUGCACUCCCGCUUGCCGACAACUUUGUCGACCUUCAUGCCGCCUCUGGGACGUACGAAUACGCCGAGCGCGAGUUCGAGCGGUUCCGACUCGACUACCUCAAGGAGCUGCAGUGCGCCUUCGUCGCCGUGAAUCUGCACCAAGCAGACUACUCGCCCACCUGCAGCGCGGUCGAGUCGAACCUCGGCACCCUUUUCGACCUUCUUGCUACCGCCGUCUCGCGGCCCGACAAAGACGUCCUUCUAAUCCGCGUUUCCAUCCUCAAGUAUGCGGAAAGGGUAGGUGAGCAGAUGCGGGCGAGCCUUUCGACCGCCACGCUGGACGAGCUGAAGCGCAUCAACCGUCGCAACAACCUGUUCCUCUAUCUCAACAUCCUGUUGGGCGGUACCGACUUGCUUGGCAAGCCUACCGAGUACGACAUCCAGUUUGUGCGCCAGAAGUUGGCCGGAACUGCGCGUAACGUCUUCUGCACGUACACCGUUGCCCGCGUACUCGCCUUCAGCCAGAAGCACGGUCUGCAGGAGACUCGGACGGUCUUGCAGUACUUCCAGCGCGCUUUCCACGUCGAAUCUGCGACUGGCGACUUGCGCUUCGGCUCUGGCGCUGCAUUGACGCUUAGCCUCAACGAGCAGGUCCUUCUUGCGCUCAUCGAGCAGGUCGAGUCGCUCAUCACGAUGGAUCCUCUCAUCAAGGCCGACAUUGUCGCCUUGUGCAUGCUCUACUUCGACCUCUACCAAGCGCAGCGGAGGUUCGUCGUCGCCGAGGAAAGGCUUCUCGACGCUGUUCUUGCCGCCGUCAUCGCUCGCGACCAGCUCAGGACGGAGGCGAGGCUGGUCAUGGACUAG